UCCUCUGUAAUUGGCCAGCACACAUUGAGAGGGAGGGGCAGGGCCCUGAAGAGAGUGGGAGUCCUGCUAAGCUGUCAGAAACCUGCUGCUUUCCACAGAGGAAGGAGGGGUUGGUUCAUGGGAAGAGACUGCAGCACAGUGGGCAGUGGUUCCUGCAGCUGAACUACAGUGAGCGCAUACACUGGACUCAAGGUUCUCUGGGCCUUUAUUUGCUUACCGCCAUGAGUCAGCUGCUCUCUGACGCAUCUAAGGAUGAAGACGUGUGCAAAUACUUUAAGAUGAUUAAGGAAGAAAACAGAAUCAUUUCUCAGAAAACCAUCACUUCAAUUGAGUUACACCUGGCACAAGGAAACAUUCAGAAGACAGAUAAUGUAAUUACUGAUUCAUUAAGAGAAAUUAGCAGUACCUCACUCAAUAUUGCUGUAAUAGGAGAGUCUGGAACUGGGAAGUCCAGUUUCAUCAAUGCCUUCAGGGGGAUUGGACAUGAAGAGGAAACUUCAGCUCCAAUUGGCGUGGUGGAGACAACCAUGAGGAGAACUCCAUACAAGCACCCCAAUAUUCCCAAUGUGGUUAUUUGGGACCUGCCUGGGAUUGGAACCACAAAAUUCCCACCCAAAGAUUAUCUGGAGAAAAUGAAAUUCAAUGAGUAUGAUUUCUUCAUCAUUGUUUCCGCCACACGCUUUAAGAAAAAUGAUAUAGACCUCGCCAAAGCAGUCAGCAUGAUGAAGAAGGAUUUCUACUUCGUGAGGACCAAGGUGGAUAUAGAUUUAGAAACUGAGAAAGGAUGCAAACAUGCCUUUGGCAGAGAAAACUUACUGCAGCAGAUACAACGCCAUUGUGUCGAUACCUUUAAGAAAAACAACCUGCAUGUACCACCGAUCUUCUUGAUCUCUAACAAAAAUUCAUCUGACUAUGAUUUCCCAAUCCUGAAGGACAUGCUGAAAAACAAACUUUCUACUCCCACACUUCCAAACUUUAUGUAUUCUUCAUUGAGUAAGGCUGAGGCAGUCAUUGAAAGAAAGCGUGAGUCGAUGCACCGGUUUAUCUGGCUAGAAACCAUAAAGAAUGAAGCUUGGACAAGUCUUUCUGUAAAGGGCAUCCUCAAGGACAGUGAUAUGGAGAAGUUGAAGGUGAUUUUAAACCACUAUCGAAAGCUCUUUGGAGUUGAUGAUGGAACCUUGAAACUCAUGGCAAAGGAUUCCCAAGUACCUGUUGAAAAACUGAAAAAAGUCAUUAAAUCUCCUUAUCUGUUGGGAACUAAGAAAAGAGAAACAUUAGAAGGAAAACUUUUGAAAUAUUUGGAGAGAUUUGCCUCAGCCAAUGGUGGGCUCUUGGCUACAGGUUUUUACUUUAGGAAAACCUUUUACUUACAACUUCUGUUCCUUGACACAGUGGCUGAAGAUGCCAAAGUUGUCCUUAGAGAGACAUAUUCAAAAAUCAGUUCAAACUCAUGUCAGCCACAGCUACUGACCAUGGAUAGGUGUUACUCUUUCCUCGUGUCCUUGACAGGAUUUGUGGUUGUAUGUUUUGUUUUGUCUUAUCUUGGACUUUCAACAUGGAAUGAGAUGUAAUAUCCAAAUAAUUUUUUUAAUAUUCAGAUUAUUUUAAUCUUACUAUAUAAUAACACAAAUAUGUAUUUUUUAAACAUAAUUACAUGAGUUAAUUCUGCAAUAACCUGUUUAUUCAAUUACUCCUAAGGCUAGGGCUCCAACCCAGGCCUUGUAGAUGCUAGGCAAGCAUUUUAUCACUAAACUAUGCACCUCACCUUGUGAUAAGUUUUAGAUUUAAGUAAGACAAUAGUCUGACUAUUCUGAAAUUCUGAACUUAUAUAAUUUAAUUGCCGUAUCUGCCCAUCUAACAAAAAAAUGAUAGAUGUAGAUUACAUAUUGUUAUUGUUCUGACAAAUAAUGUAAAUGAAAUAGGUUCUUCAAAGCAUGGGAUAAAACUGGACUCACUGAACAUAGCGGACAAUGAGGACUACUGAGAACUCAAGAACAAUGGCAAUGGUUUUUUGAUCCUACUGCACGUACUGGCUUUGUGGGAGCCUAGGCAGUUUGGAUGCUCACCUGGAAGGAGGUGGGUGGUCCUUGGACUUCCCACAGGGCAGGGAACCCUGAUUGCUCUUCGGGCUGAUGAGGGAGGGGGACUUGAUUGGAGGAGGGGGAGGGAAAUGGGAGGUGGUGGCGGGGAGGAGGCAGAAAUCGUUAAUAAAUUAAUUAAUUAAAAAAUGAAAUAGGUUCUUCAAUGUUCAACAUAAUUGUCACACAUUUUUAAGCUGUUAAUCAAGUCAUAAUUAAUUUGAAUCCCUACGACAUCAACUUGUAUUGGGGAACACUCAGACCCUUCGUUUCCCUUCCUGAUUACACUAACCCUCCCUAAUAAUGUGGCAAAAACAUGUGAAGGCUGGGUUUUGUUGUUGCUUUUGUUGUUUUAUAAGAUUUUUCUGUACUUUCUUAUGACCCCAUUGAUUUCUAUAAACCUGCUUUGCAAGUACUCCUGAUUUUACCCUUAAGAGAGCCCUAAGAAAUGAACUCAGAGUUGCUCUCUUUAACGGGACCAGAGAGGCAGUCUCUUGCCAGGUCUCAGGUACAUCACAAUAAAAACCAAGUUUGUUCCAGA